CUGUGCGGAAUGACAGAUUUGAUAUGUGGUUAGCUGAGUUUAUCUUCCUGACAUCCAGCCACUGUUGCUGAUGUGUUAGUGCCCCAGAGACAUGGAGACCACGAUGUUACAGCUGAGGUCGUUUGUUCACAAGCGGCUCCACGCUGCGGCAGAGGAGAUCCUCGGAGAGGUGGAGAAAACCGUCACGUUAGCUCUGUACGAAGCCGAAGUUAGUCGAUCUAAAGAGGAGCUCGAAAGUCUGCGACACCAGCUGAGCUUACUGCGACAGAAACAAGCUGAGGGACCCUCACUGACCAGCAGAGAGGAUUGUGAUCCGCCUAAUCUACAUGAGAACCCAGGACCCCCAAACCCAGAAGAGCCUAACUUGAGUGUUGAGGUACCGGGACCCUCUCAAACCAGUGGAGACGGGGACCUUAACAACUGGAACUACGGCGUGGAUGAGGCAGACUUUAACAUUUCUGAGAUAAAAGAAGAGGAAGAGGAGGAACUUUGUGAUGACACCUCAACACAGGAGAUUGUAUUUCCUUCCCCUGAAACUGUGAAAAGCGAGCAGGAUCAGCCAGAGAAAGACACAGCCUUUGACGUGCAUCCAGUUUCUUUAGACUGCUCGGACGCUCAGAGGGAGAACAAUGACAGUGGUGAAGAGUUUGUGAAAGGCAAAGGAGAACAGACCCAAACAAUGGAGGGGAAUGAGCAAACAGAAAGUAGCACCCCUAUUGAGAAGAGCCAUCAUGGAUUACCUUCUGACAGUCAUGCUAAAAAUGAAAAGGGACGCAGUUUUUGCCAUUUGUGUGGAAAGGGCUUUCAGUACAUCGGCUCUUUGAUGAAGCACAUAAAAGCACACGAGAACAAAACUGAUUGCAGCAUUUGUGGGAUGACAUGCAAGUCGAACGAAGAUCUGAAAGCUCACUUGAAAGUUUGCCACAACAAGACGUGUUUUUGCGACAUUUGUGGCAAGACUUUUGAAAGUAACCAUUGUCUCCAGAUGCAUGAAAAAAUGCACGCAGGCGUUGUAGAAUUUACGUGUCAAGAAUGUGGCAAAACGUUUCACAGAAAAGAGCACCUGAUUGUCCAUGUGAGGACCCACUCUGGAGAGAAACCGUACCACUGUGAUGUUUGCGGGAAAGCCUUCAGUCAGAGCCAGAAUCUCACGAUUCACAAGAGAAGUCACUCGGGGGAGAGGCCGUAUCAUUGUGUCCUGUGCGGAAAACUUUUUAACACAGGCAGUCACCUCAAAGCACACAUGAGAUACCACUCAGGAGAAAAACCGUACCCCUGUGACGUUUGUGGUAAACGCUUUCGCCAAAGCGGACAGAUGACGAGACAUCGGACAACACACACGGGAGAGAGGCCGUACGCCUGCCACGUCUGUGGAAUGAGGUACAGGUUUGCACCUAAUCUUAAGGUGCACCUGCAAACUCACAAGCAGGCAGCUGCUGAUUGAAGAAAAUAACUGUAUAAAACAUGGACAAAGUCUCAAGGAUGUUACCCAUUGGUUUCUAAAACAGACUUUUGAAUGAAGUCAGCCUAGCAACUGGCAAAGAGGGGCAGUUAAGGUGAGCCUUCUGGCAAACAGCUAGAUCAGCCACGCCCCUAAGUAUACCCAUUCAUGAAUAACUUUAUGGCUUAAAGGAGCAAUGUAUAACUCUGUCACCUAACUUUUAAAAUUGGUAAUGCAGUCCAAAUUCAAAACAUCGAAGAGAGCUGUCUCAGUUUCAGCUGGUUGGUUGCUCCUAAAGGAAGAACCGUUGAAUUGUUAGUUGUCCCUCCUUUAUCGCCCUUUUCAACCACACAUAUGCUUUCAGCCUCUGUGGAUGCCUCGACCUCUGGUAUGGAGAUUUUUCUAGAACUUAAAUGUGCCUGUUGUCAACACUCAAUAUGUACUCGCAAAACUGAUCAAAUGUCAUGUUUGUACUUGUGAUUCUGAGUUAUGUCUUCUUAGGGUUCCAGCUUCAACAUGGGGUCAAUAAAGUUAGAUUUUCUGUCACCACAA